AUGUCUGUUGCGAAGUUUGCUCUAGUCACUGGAUGUGGUCGAGGUGGAAUUGGAGAAGCGCUUGUUGUUGAGUAUACUCGCCGCGGUCUCCACGCCAUCGCCACCGUGCUUCCCCAUGAAGCGAGUGACCACCUAUCAGAGGCUGGAAUCACAUUCUUCACUCUUGACGUUACUGUCGAGAAGUCCAUCAUGGACUUAAAGGCUAGCGUUCAAAAGCUCACUGGGGGGCACCUCGAUAUCCUCGUGAACUGCGCUGGUAUUCUUUACACUAUGCCAGCCAUUGACACAGAUGUCGUCGCCGUACAGCGCAUGUUCGACGUCAAUGUGUUUGGGCCCAUGCGAAUGGUUCAUCACUUCCACGACAUGAUUAUCAGAAGCAUAGGGACUAUAGUGAACAUCGGUUCCAUUGGCGGGAUCAUGCCUUAUACAUAUGGAUCAUCAUAUAACGCUACAAAGGCGGCACUCCAACACUGGUCAAGCACUCUGCGCAUUGAAAUGGCGCCAUUCGAUGUAAAGGUCAUCACGGUAAUUUCCGGAGAAGUUAGUACCAAUAUCUUAAAGAGCGAUGCGCAUAGGCGUCUCCCAGAAGGAUCCUACUAUUCUCCACUCGCGGAGAACUUUGAACAGCAUGUCACGAGAAUACCACAAGGCUCUACUAAUCGCUUCGACUAUGCGGCGAAUGUUGUUUCUCAGAGCCUGAAAUCAUCGCCGCCAGCAUGGUUCUGGUACGGGAGCUUUACAGUUCUGGUUCGAUUCCUUGAUACCCUGGGCUGGCGCACUGACUCUAUGCUAUGGAAUAUGUUUGACUUGGGGAAGUUACAGAAGGCUCACAAACUUCGAAAUAGUACCUGA